GUUCCCUUCCCCUUCCUUCGCUUAUUCGCACUCGGAGACUUCUCCUGUGUUAUCGUGGGAGUGCUGAAUUUUUGAGGAAAAUGAAAUGCUGCUAUCAUAAUUUUGGAUAUGGCAUUGAGUUAUGAGAAAAAUGCAUUUUUUUUUGUGGACUGCUAUGCUUUCAUUUUGUAAAUCGGACGCUUCCAAGUGUUGUUUAGCAGACGCUUUGAGGUGGAAUAACCUUACAUUCGUUGUUGUUGUUUGUACAAAAUCUUGAAUUUCCACUUUUAAGUCGACAAAGCGCUAUAGAUUUUAACAUGGAUGUCGUCACGAUAGAUUCUGAUGUUGAUGUCUUAUAUUCUCGUAAGCUUUUAGAAGAAAAAAACCCCAAAAGCCGCUGUAAGACUAGUGUGCUUUGGAAUGCUCUACUUUCUAUUGUGGCUGUUAUUGUGCUUCUAACGCUGUUGUUGGAGUGCAAAGACUAUCUCAAAUCUAUAUUAAUAUGGAUUAACAAUCAGGACUCGAAUGCUGUUUUCAUCUUGUUUGUGGGCUUGUUUACAUUAGUUUCGUUUCCGUUUGUGUGGGGGUAUAUGCUCCUCACAGUUGCUUGUGGUUAUUUUUUUGGAGUUGUCCAUGGUUUCAUCACAGUCGUAUUCUCUGCCAAUCUUGGAGUUGCAAUAGCCCACAUUACAAUACGUGCUGUCAACAUGAAGUUUCAUAUCAUUAAAUUAGUAAACUAUGAUACCAUGCAUGCGAUUCUGAGAGUUAUAUCAGGACCUCAAGCAUUCAAAGUUGUAGCUCUUGCUCGUGUGUCGCCUAUACCUUUUGGUAUCCAGAAUACCAUCUUUGCACUCAGUGGAAUUAGCACUGGUCAGUACCUCUUGGCCACUGUUAUAGGACUACUUCCAGCUCAGAUGAUCAAUUUGUACUUGGGAAGUACACUAAGAUCAAUAGGAGAUGUCAUCUCAGACCAUGCUUCAACGCCAUUAACAGGUUACAUCAUGUUUUGUAUUCAGAUCACAGUUGGAGUGUCUUUAAUGGCUUACGUUAUACACAAAGCAAGAGUGGAACUUCGUGAAGCUUUAAUCAAUCAAGUUCCAUCCAGUGUUGUCCACGGCCACGGUAUUAAAAGUAGUGCAGAUUUCAUUGUGUAACUUUUGGUGCCAUGAGUUUUAUCACUGUUUUCAUCGCCUAGCAAACACUCAUGAUUGUUUCUUGUGGGACACCUACAAGCACUAUGCCAUUUGUUCUACCUCUAAUGUGAUAUUAAUGAUCAACUAUCCACACAUUCAGCUGUGGAUUUUUCCUGUUGUUCCAUCUAUAUUUUUUAUACAUAUGGUGUCGGAAUCUCUUACAACUAUUUUACCUAUGCGCAAAAUAAUCCCAAAUACUGUAACUGCAGUUUACCUACAUAUCUUAAGACACUUUGAGGAAAUUCCUAUUUGCUUUUAUUUCUCAACAUUUCUUUGCAUUGACUGCUCCAAAAAUUUUCAGAUAGUCAAGCUUUGUUUGAUCUGUACAACCAAUCUGUUUCUACAUAUGUUCUAGUUCAAGUGUAUUGCAAGGUGUUAUUUGAAUUUAUGAACUCCCAAAGAUAAGAGGUCACUUCCUUACUGUGUGAUUAGCUAUAAAUAGCUCAAACAUGAGAUUUUAAUUAAGAAUCAGAGGUUUUCUGUAUAUGAGUUUGAUGUGCAGGAUAUUCCUUUCUUUGUUCAAUUAUUAUUUUUUGUUUUAGACUUGACUAAUGGGAUACUCCUUUAUAAAAAAAGACAGCUGUUCAACAAUCUGUGAUAAUUCAAUAGUUUUGAAGACUUUAAAAGUAUAUAAAAACAUAGAAAAGUUAAGAAGCUUAGUUGUAUCCUUGUUCUCACUUCUGUUUUCCCAUAAUAUUUUAUUAUGAAAUGUUGAAGAAUAGUGUUUAAUAAAUGGGAAAGGGUACCGAUUUUCAUGUGAGUACAAUAAAGCACUGCAUAUUGUACUCCAAUGUGUCAGAUGAUCUCUACGGGCCAAUAAUAAAUCUGUUAUAAAAUUUGA